GAGAAACUUCCUAAACUCUCACCUUAUCUACAUUUCCAUUUCCUUUGCACUGAGAGUCGGUGAAUCGGUCCCCUUGGUUAGUCUUCACUACUCUGCUACCACGAACUACGGUUGAUGUGGCUGUACAGGAGUCCCUUAGUGGUGGUGGUGGUGGCGAGUGUGUGGAUGAAGACAGUAUGGGCUAAAACUGACUCUUAUCCACAACGGAAGCACUUCACUGUCUAUGGAUGUCAAAACGCCAAGACUCAACUCCAGAAUAUAAGGGUCGGUUACCUUAAAAACAAAAUAGGAGGAUUUUUCAUUGGACUCAGCGGCACGUACUCCCGGACCGAGACCAGUUUUGUGACCAGUUCAUCGCCGGUGUGCAUGCUUCCCCCUGACGUGCUCUUCCGUGCCCUGCCUGCGCCUAAGACAAGAGAUCAGGUCACUCUAACAUUUCACCCGUUUGAAGAUCCAGAACUAGCAUCUGGAAAGGGCAAUUUAACUGGCAUUGAAGUGGAUAAUGCAAAAGAACAAGUACGAAGUAGCGAAAAGAAAACGGGCAAUGUGACAUGUGACUUCAGCCUCAGUGAUGUGCUCGAACUUCAGAUGUCUGGGUACGGCUUCAUCUCAUGCCAGGGUGAUGCUGCUGCCAGUAAGCUGUGGAGGGAGUGGCAGGAGGAAGUCAGGAUGGUUGAGGAAAAGGCUGCCCGCACAAAGACUGUCAUAAUUACCGGUGUAGCUUGCGGAACGGGCGCAGUGGUAGUUGCAUUCUUGGCGUGUAUCAUGUACCGCAUUUGCAGUGGAGGUCCUGCUCCCUACCAGUCUGGACGCAGACCCUCCAACACUUCUGGAAUGCGAACUGCCUCCACUACCUAAUAACCACCCUUAGUCCCCGCCCUGGACGGUCUUGCAUGAUGCUUAACCUUUGACUGCUGUGGCUUCUCAAGUUUAAUAAAUUUUGUUUAUCUUGCAAAGCAGAACUUUUUAAAUAGGAAAAUGAAUUACAAGCUUUUAAAAAUAUGUACUUCCUGCCUCAUCUCCUGAUCUACUUUGUAGAAUGUACAGUUACUACUUAUGGGUUUGUGAUUUCUUGAACUGUUGUAUAUACAGACUAUGUGUGAAGACUCUUGAGUUACAGAAGGUAGCUAAUAAUGAGAGCACUAUGCUAAAACCAUACAUACUGACAGGUUAAGAAAAAAUGCAGUAAAGACUGACUUUAUUGCAUACACUGAUUUCACCUGAAAGCUUAACCUUAAUGGCACAUACUGAAAACCAAGAAACAUUAAAAAAGUACCACAAGUUUUCUCAACUGAUAACUAAAAAUGUGAAAAAAAUUAUGUAAAACAUAAAAAUGGAAUGUGGCAUAAUAUUGUAUUCCAAUUGCCAUUACCAGCUGGUUUUGUUUCCCUUAUCAAAAAUUGAUCCAUGCAAACAAACAGUAAAAAAAUGUAAAUGUCUACAGUAUAUAAUUAAAUAAACUUCCUAGAGCUGAAGACUAGAGGAGAAAUUUUUGGAAAUAAUAAAUAACAAUGGGAAAACAACAAAAUACACUACUGCUAAUACUACUUUCAUUCACUGGACAGCUACACGGUCAUAAUUAAUUAAUCCCAAAGUAACAUUUAGGCAGAAUGUAAUUAUCUUAAUAUCAAUGAACUCUAUACUAUUCUUAUUUUUAAGGCACACUUAGCUUACGCAUACUGAUUUAGCAUGGCAAGAUGCUCUUCAAUUUCACAACAGGUAGAUGAGUGUGUGUGUGUGUGUGUGUGUGUGUGUGUGUUCAAAAAGUGACUCAAUAUCACCUGUGCGAGGUUUACUGAUUUGUCUCCCAAUCUAAAUAAGGUUUGGAGAAGAGAGCAAUAACUUAUUAGGAGGCUAAAGCAAACAAAAUGUUGGCAUAAUGUAAAGUAUUCAAAAUUGCAUAUUAUAUCUAGUACAUAAUACAUUGGGCAUGCAAAUAUUGGCAUGUAUUCUGGAGGUAACUGAGGAGAUACACUCCCUUAUAAAGGACUCAACAUUUGGUUUAUGUGAUCACUGAUCAUGAAAAUAAGUGAUUAACAAAUUGCUCUCUUGUUGCUCACACACAAAAUCUAUGGAAAUUUACAUAGGUAGAUAUUCUCAAUUCAGAAUACGAUAUGAAUCAACUACUGGGUCAGUUUUUAAUAACAGCCAAUAUCAAAUAAUAUUAUAUAUAAGAGAAACUCCAUGCUAACAAUAUAAGAUGUAAGCCCUGACUUUAAAUGCCUCCUCCUUACAGGCGGUAAAGGCAAAACUUCUACUGUAAUGAGUGUGUUUGGUUUCUUGCACUUACGUUGUAAACAUAACAUUUAAUGGUUUAAGGAGAGGAAAAAAAAAAGAAAAAAAAAAAGA